AUGAUCAGAAGACUGCACAGAAUUUUCAAGAAGUGCGCAACAAACAAAAACGCACUCGUGAUGGCGACUCUGCGUGGUGGGAACGAUUCGUCCAUUCAUCAGAUGAUAAACGGAAUGGACAGAAUACCAAGGCCAUUCAUGAUAGGCGUAGCAGGUGGAACAGCCUCAGGAAAGUCAUCAGUUUGUGCUAAGAUAAUGCAACAGCUUGGUCAGACAGAGGUGGAUGAUAAUCAGAGACAAGUUGCUAUUAUAAGUCAGGAUGCCUUUUACAGAACCCUCAAUGAGGAUGAGAAGAAAAAGGCUCUCCGUGGCGAGUUCAACUUUGAUCACCCAGAUGCAUUUGAUCUUGAAUUCAUGCUAAAAACCGUGAGAGACGUUUUGAAAGGAAGGACAAUACAGAUACCAAACUACAACUAUGUCAGAAAUAGCAGAGAGGAAGACUAUCAGACCAUAUACCCUGCAGAUGUAGUUCUAUUUGAGGGUAUCCUUGUGUUCUACUUAAAGGAAAUCAGAGACAUGUUCCACAUGAAGCUUUUUGUUGAUACUGAUCCAGACACAAGGCUGUCCAGGAGAGUGUUAAGAGAUACACGUGACAGAGGAAGAGACAUAGAACAAAUCCUUCACCAAUACACAACUCUAGUCAAGCCAGCAUUUGAGGAAUUCUGUUUACCUACUAAAAAAUAUGCUGAUGUGAUAAUACCACGAGGAGCUGAUAAUACAGUGGCGAUUGACUUAAUUGUUCAACAUAUUCAAGAACUGCUUCGUCCAAGUAAUAAGAGUGCGAAAAGACUGAGGCAUAAUUCAGACUCAUUCGUUGGUCGACCACAUUGAGCAGCUGCUGUUUGAAAUACCCUGUACUGAUUAGCUUGAUCUUUGAUCACAAAGUUGGUAUUCUUUCAUAUACAGUACUAUUACCUGGAGAUAGCUGAUCAUGUUGUGCUGCUACACUAUUUUAUUACAUUUUUGCCAGUAUAAUAUAGAAUAUAUCUCAUUGAUGAGAGAGAAAACACCAAUCAUCUUAUAAAAUUGACAAGUCAUAAAGCCUGGUACAAGAAACACAAAACCAGAAACCUGAAGGGGUUUUUAACUCAUGACUUUCAAUUCCAUGGUAAACUUUCAUUUCUAUGAAAGUCAACAACCCAUGCAAUGCAAAUUACCUUAUCAGAGAUUAAACGCAAUCCCCAACACUUCAUUGAAUAUGGAGCUAACACAUUAGACAUUUCAAGGGGAUUCGUGUCAUCAACAGCCACAGCUGUAGGUCGCUAUCAUAUUUUUAGCUGCAUAGUAACUUGUCACAGGUAGACUCUGUCUGAACAUUUUACAGCAAAUUUUGUCUGUUAGUAACAUGAAUAAGUAACAUUUUUUGUGUAAAUAUAAAAAUAGAUUUACAUAGUACAUUGAAAUUUAUUUUUGUGUUUACAUAUUUUCAAUGAUUUUUUUUAAAGACGGACUAUAUUUUGCUGCACACUUAUAAUGAGCGAGUAGUGUCUUGGAAAAGCUAGUCAGCUUCCUCGUCUUAUAUCUGUUGUAAAUAUGUCAGUAAUUUGGACAUUUUGCUUGUGAAAACGUAAUGAAUAAAAUAUCUAAUAGUGUCUUCAGUAAUAACUAAUACAUUUCACUCAGGCGUCUAAUAUUUUUAGUAUCUUUCACUCGUGUUGACCACUUGUUAAUGAUACUAAAACAAUAGAAACACUUGUGAAAAAUAUUUGUUAUUACUAAAGACAUUAAUUCUCUAUUCAUAUAACUGAAAUAUCUGCCAUAAUACAUUAGAUAUGUACAGUACAGAUUUGAAAUUAGUCUCUUUGUUACAGAUUUUAAACCUAUCUGUUAAUCAAGUCACUUUGAUGCUACAUUUUAAACUUGCUUGUCAAUUUUGUCUCUGUUGUACAACAUUUUACAAUAGACUUAUUUGUUAAUUCGGUUAUUAUGUGGCAGCAUCUACAAACUAAUUAAAGACAUAGAUGCUUCACAAAAUACAUGUGUGCAAUAUAACUGCUGAGAAACAAAAAGGCAUACUGUAAUUUUAUGGUCAAUAAGUAACUUUCAGUAUAAUAAAGACUUGUUGUGGCUUCAGUGAUCUAAGUUUAAGAAAUUCCUUUAGAUGUUUUACACUAUGAUUUGAUAUACUUUGUGAUAUAUACAAACAAUAUAGAAUGUGUUCCAAUAUGAUCUGAUAUGUUUUGUACACAGUAAAGGGCAUGAUUUGUAAUUCAGAGUUUGCUAUCCAUGUUUAUACAGUGAUUAAUCUAGAAUUUAUUUUCACGAGUCCUUUUCAACAUAAUUGCUAAGAAUUAUGGGUCCCAUGAUGUAAAAUUUGAGUAUUUCCAAAACUUUCUGGGGUCCCAUAAAUGUGGAUUUAUCACUUAUCAUAUGUUUUGACUUUACAACAGAGAUAAGAAUUAUCUCCUCUAUGAUAAUGUUGUGUUUUAUAGCAUGUCAUAUUAAAUGCAUUUGUGAGAUAUAAUCCUUUAAGUGGAGUUAGUAUGCCACAAUUAAGGGUGCAUUAAUUUGUUGUUUACAAUGAGAACCCAAGGGAUUGUUUAAGAUACUAGGUGUUAUAAUAUAUUGAAGGUGUUAUUCAUUUUAUUACAUUUGGGUAAAUUUUGCGUGAUUAUAUUUAUUGAAAAAGAUAUCAUGUAUGUAUGAAUAUUGUAUAAUCCUAUGGUUUUGUGUGAAGAAAUCAUCCCUCUCUUUAUUUCUCCCUUAUUCAGAUAUAUAAGAUUUAUUCUGAUGAUGUACAAAAAAUAUGUACAGGAUUAAUGAUCCUUUGAAAGCCUCAAAAUAUGGUGUAUAUAUAUAUAUAGAUAUAUGGUCAAUACAUUUCCAUACUUCUACAUCCGCUGGCUAUUUACCUGAAUUAUUCUAUUCACUGGUUAUCUGCCCUUCAUUUACAUUUUUUACUUUAUUGCUAGUUUUUUGUCCCAUCUUUCAUCCUUCAACUGAGAUCGAAUAAAUAAAAAUGUUAUGAAACUAUUCAAUAUUAAUGAAAUGUAUGUGUUUGUAACCCUGGUGAAAAUGUAUCUGCUUCUUGCCAAAUUGACCAGGAGAAAUUUCUCUUAAUAUUAAGUUGAAGAGUUUAUGACUAGUAAGCCACAGACUGCAUAUUUAUCCCAAGUGGAUGCAUGGUGUAAUAAUACCCAAUUUGACCUUCGAACCCUUGUAGAAAUUUACAAGCAUUGCAGUUAAAUGUUGAGAUCUCAAGGACUAGUGUUAACAACCCCACACCCCGCAAUUAAGUUGAGGAGAGGGAAGGGGUUAAUACUGGAAUCAGCUUGUCUGUUUGUCCAUCUGUAGACAAACUUUGUCCGGCUAUGCAUUCACUCAGUUGUGACAGGUCUUUUUUUUCAAUUUUGUUGGAAUGGCCUGUACAUUAUGGAGAUGUGCCCCUUGAAGUGACUUUACAUUGAGGUGUCCCCACAGGAACACAAUUUUGUCUGGGUAUGCAUUUUUAUAAAUAGCCAUUUUCCGUGUACCCAUUCAACUAAAAAUUUGGUUCACACUUGAAAAAUACCAUUUUACAUAUAAUACGGGUUUUUUCCUCUUUUUGACUUCAAAUGAAUUUUUCCAAAUUUUCAGGGGUUUUUUUCUAACAUUUUUUUUUCUUUUUUUUUUUUUAUUAAAUUUUUGCAAUAGUUGGUAAUGGAUUAAGAGUGCUGAUUUCUUUCAUAAAUAGUAUUAAAGGAUGAUGUAUUGAUACUAUAAAGUCAAAACGUACAUAUGAUUUGUAUUUUUCAAAUUCUUGCCAUGUUUUUGAACUUAACUAUGGACACAAAGUAAUUAGCAGCAUCCUUUAAUAAUGACAUGUGUUUGAGAAUUGGAAAGAGAAUGUUGAUGUAUGUAAAAUGUUAUGUGAUGAUAUAAACCAGGGGUGUGUUGAAGUAUGUAGCACACAUCAAAUUAGAAAGGGACAGUGACAUAUAAUUACGUUGAAAAUAAUGGGCAUUUAUUUAUUUGUUUAUCGCUGGAUAUGGGAUGUUGAUUCUGUACAUGAUCUUUUUAUGAUUUCAUUCUCAUGAUCUGAAGUCGUUUGAUAAAAUACAAACAGAUAAUUGUUGAUAUGUUUUAGCUCAUUUUAGAACCUGGUUUUUAAACUCGUAUUGACUUUUUCAUUGACUUUUGACCAAAUUUGGUUUAAAGGGGGGAGGGUAUAAGUUAUCCUCGGGAUGACGGUUUUACCUAGUUCUUUCUGGGAUGGGAGUAUUUCACUCUGGCAAAAAUAAAACAGUCUUACAUAUAGUUGUUUCCUACUGACUGAAAUUGGGAGAAUUUCUCUUCAGCUUAAUAGGUAGAAUAUUACACAAGACUUGCAAGUUAGAAGUUCUGGAUGCAAACCCUAGCAAAACCAUGCAACAUAUAGUGUUAAUGAUGCUGAUCAAACUUGUUUUUGGUUUUGUUCAUAUAGAAACUUGCAGCAUAAAUUGUGAUACAGAGUUGUAGUAAUAAAUAAUAUUGCACCUUUAUUUUUUCUCAAUAUACUAAAGUUAGAUAUUUAUAAAAGUGAUCUGAAACGUGUUCAUUUUUUCUUUUGAUAUCAGGGAUGUGCUGUCACACAAAAUGUAAUUAUCAUCUACUGUAUUUGUUUGUGUAUUGUCAAUAAGAUUCUCUGUAUUAUAGUUUUCUAAUAUAACAAGGCUAACAUAAUAAUUGAGAUCAUACCAUUUCAGUGUAGAAUCUCUUUAAAACAUACAUUGUUAAAAAAGAAAAUCUGUUCUUGUAAUCCAAAGUGGACGUUCAGGCCUUGUGAAUACAAUUUUCUUUAUAUGGUACCGCUACAUGUAUUUUCUUAUAGUUGACUCUCGAAAAUUUAUUUAGUAAGCAUUUAUUUCUGUUUAUUUCUGUUUAUUUCCACUUACAUACAUGUUUGUUUUUAGCUCUUGUAUGUUUUAUUGAGAGAUUCCUUUUUGAAUUUGAAGAAAAUUUUACCAUUUUAAUGUGUGCUUGUAUGUAUUCCUUGGAGUUUAUUUGUGAAAAUUGCGGUAAUGACAAGUCAAGUUGUUCAUUUGUAUUGUAUAAUAUUAAUUUCAAUUAUACUGUUGAUAUAGAAACAGAAAUAUUAGAUGCUUCGAUGAAGCUACAUCUGUUAUGUAGAUAAAACUGUUGAUGUAGUUCAUCUCUUAUUGAUAACAUGCAAUUAUAUUGAUGAAUAUAUCAUGAUAAUGAGAUCGUACAUUUAAUGAGUGGUGUUGAAAUACUGAUCAAGGAAAUAAAAUUAAGUAAUUCUUCAUACAAAAUGGAAACAUACAGCACUUACAACCUUUUUGAUAAUAAUCAUGUGAGAUGGCUGAAGGGAAAGCAGUGUCUCUAAGUGAUGUAUUAAUUGUCGGAAGGCUUAUUUUUCUUCUAUAAAGUACCUUCUAGCUUCAUUAGUCCUCGAUACAGGUGAUUAACUUUAUACCUGUACUUAUUUUACAAAGGUGUUCAAGUUUGUGCAAUGGACUAGCCUAUAUUUGAGAGAAUAAAAAUAAAUUGAUCAUAAAUUUUGUUUUCAUGCAUUUUAGAAUAUUUACACAUAUAUUUCAAAUUACAUUUCUAUUGUAACACUGACAUUGUUUUCUAUUGUUGUCAUUUCCUUUUGAUAUUGUUUUAAUGGUGAAGUGAGCUGAGGCCAUGUUGCAGAUUCUGUUGUGUUCAUAUCUUAUUCCCAUAUUGUUGAUCUCCAUAUUAGAAAUGCUGGUCGACAAACAGCUCUGUAACUAUGCUUGCCAAAUUAUAACUUAUUUGGUGAACCUUAAAAUUACCAGCUAGGAAUAUGUAGAAUGGAUGUAAUCAAACAAUUUUGACAUACCAUAGGAAUAUGAUAGAGACCUAUUUAAUGAUAGUUUUUUUCUUACGUUUUCGCCGUAUCUUCUUUCAUUUUAUACGUUUUACUUGUAAAUAUUGUUAUUUAGAUCAUGCGUGCGUUUGUUACAUAUGAAGGUAAGGUUGUUCAAAUUUGUAAUAAUUAUGCGAUUCUCAAAUGGUGAUCAUUGAGACUCUUUGAAAAUUAAGCAAAUAAAUGUAGAUAUAUUACAUGUAAAUCAUAUUUCUUGACUUUCAAUCUCCAUUUACGAAACAAUUAUAGAGAAACUACCAAAGAGAAACCACUAAAUUAGUGUGACUCAGUUGCUGAUAUACACCUUGUGCAAGUAAUGUGUUGAGGAAGGCUAUUUCUACCAUAAUGGAUAGGUGUUAAUUAAG